GAGAGAGGCCGAGUUCUGGGCGGCGAGGGAGCGGCUCUGCCCUACGGCCGAGGGUGGAGCUUUCCCGGUCGGCCGGGAAGGGGCUGGGCCGGGCCUACAUGUGAGCGCAGGGGAGAGAGUCAGUGGGCGCUCCCCUGCGGAGUCCGAGUGGCGAACGCGGCCCGGACCGACUCUCGGGAUCAGCCUCGUGACCCCAAGUCUCUGGUCACCAGAUGCCGCAGAUUCCCGGAGCCCAAUCCUAGAUUUCAGAUCUUAAGGACCGUGGAAGUCCGAGCUCGGAUUCCACCCUGGACUCCAGAUACCCGGAACGGGACCUCCGGUCGGCUUCGCAGGAGAUUUUCCGAUCCCGACCGGAUUCCCGAUCGCGAGAUCCCUGGCUCCUCCGCCCCUAACUCCAGCUGGCUCCGGGUUUCCCAGAGCCGGGCGCCCCCGCAUGGCGGAGCCGGGCCCGCGCUCCGGGACUCUGCAGCGCGCCGGCAGCUGCUGGCAGGACCCGCUGGCCGAGGCGCUGAGCCCGGGCCGGCCGCUCGCGGCACGGGCCGGCCGAGGCUGCGCGCCCAACCGGCCGCUCAGCGUGGUCUUCGUGCUGACCGCGGAGCCGCGGACCGGGGCAGAGCCCGGGGCGGGAAUCGAGGCGGAGCCGCUGCCCCUGCGCUGCCUGCGCGAGGCCUGCGCACAGCUCCCGGGGCCGCGGCCACCGCCGCAGCUGAGCAGCCUGCCCUUUGGGACUCUAGCUCUCGGCGACACUGCCGCGCUCGACUCCUUCUACAACGCAGAUGUGGUGGUGCUGGAGGUCAGCAGCUCCCUGGCCCAGCCCUCCCUGUUCUACCACCUCGGUGUGCGCGAGAGCUUCAGCAUGACCAACAAUGUGCUCCUCUGCGCCCAGGCCGACCUCCCUGACCUGCAGGCCCUGCGGGAGGAUGUUUUCCAGAAGAACUCGGACUGCGUUGGCAGCUACACACUGAUCCCCUAUGUGGUGACAGCCAGCGGUCGGGUGCUGUGUGGUGAUGCAGGUGUCCUGAGGGGCCUGGCUGAUGGGCUAGUGCAGGCGGGGGCGGGCACCGAGGCCCUGCUAACGCCCCUGGUGGGCCGCCUGGUCCGCCUGCUGGAGACCACACCCACGGACUCUUGUGGCUAUUUCCGGGAGACCAUUCGGCAGAACAUUCGGCAGGCGCGGGAGCGGUUCAGUGGGCAGCGGCUGCGGCAGGAGCUGGCUCGCCUGCAGCGGGGACUGGACAGCGUGGAGCUGCUGAGCGCCGACGUCAUCAUGAACCUGCUGCUCUCCUACCGUGAUGUGCAGGACUACUCAGCCAUCAUUGACCUGGUGGAGACCCUGCAGGCCCUGCCCACCUAUGAUGUGACCGAGCAACACAACGUCUGCUUCCACUAUACGUUUGCCCUCAACCGGAGGAACAGGCCUGGGGACCGGGAGAAGGCAUUGGCCGUGCUCCUGCCACUGGUACAGUGUGAGUGCUCCGUGGCACCUGACCUAUACUGCAUGUGUGGCCGUGUCUACAAGGACAUGUUCUUCAGCUCUGGCUUCCAGGAUGCUGGGCACCGGGAGCAGGCCUACCACUGGUAUCGCAAGGCCUUUGAGGUGGAGCCCAGUCUCCACUCAGGCAUCAACGCAGCUGUCCUCCUCAUUGCUGCUGGGCAGCGCUUUGAGGACUCAGAGGAACUCCAGCUCAUAGGCAUGAAGCUGGGCUGCCUGCUGGCCAGGAAAGGCUGCGUGGAGAAGAUGCAGUAUUACUGGGACGUGGGCUUCUACCUGGGAGCCCAGAUCCUUGCCAAUGACCCCACCCAGGUGGUGCUGGCUGCAGAGCAGCUGUACAAACUCGAUGCCCCCAUAUGGUACCUGGUGUCAGUGAUGGAAACCUUCCUGCUCUACCAGCACUUCAGACCCAUGCCAAAGGCCCCUGGAGGCCCCCUGCGCCGCGCCCACUUCUGGCUCCACUUCUUGCUACAGUCCUGCCAGCCGUUCAAGCCCACCUCCCUGCAAGGGGACCAGUAUUUGGUGCUGGUCCUGGAGCUGAACAAGGUGCUGCUGCCUGCGAGACUCGAGGUUGGGGGCACGGACACGGUGCACACUGUGACCCUGAGUCUGCUGGAGUCCAGGACCCAGCAGGACCCACCUUCCAGCUGGACCUUCCCAGUUGCCUCCAUCUGCGGCAUCAGCGCCUCCAAGCGGGACGAGCGCUGCUGCUUCCUCUACGCGCUUCCUCCGGCCCAGGACGUCCAGCUGUGCUUCCCCAGCGUAGAGCAAUGCCAGUGGUUCUGCGGCCUGAUCCAGGCUUUGGUGACGAAUCCGGAUUCCACGGCGCCCGCGGAGGAGGCGGAGGGCGUGGGAGAGGUGCUGGAGUUUGAUUAUGAGUACACAGAGACCGGCGAGCGGCUGGUACUGGGCAAGGGCACCUAUGGGGUGGUGUACGCGGGCCGCGAUCGGCACACGCGGGUACGCAUCGCCAUCAAGGAGAUCCCGGAGCGCGACAGCAGGUUCUCUCAGCCCCUGCACGAAGAGAUCGCCCUGCACAAACGCCUGCGCCACAAGAACAUCGUGCGCUACCUGGGCUCAGCCAGCCAGGGCGGCUACCUCAAGAUCUUCAUGGAGGAAGUGCCUGGAGGAAGCCUGUCCUCCUUGCUGCGGUCAGUGUGGGGUCCCCUGCAGGACAAUGAGAGCACUAUCAGUUUCUACACUCGCCAGAUCCUGCAGGGACUUGGCUACCUGCAUGACAACCAUAUCGUGCACCGGGACAUCAAGGGGGACAAUGUGCUGAUCAACACCUUCAGUGGGCUGCUCAAGAUUUCCGACUUUGGCACCUCCAAGCGGCUGGCAGGCAUCACACCCUGCACAGAGACCUUCACAGGGACCCUGCAGUAUAUGGCCCCGGAGAUCAUUGACCAGGGCCCACGAGGAUAUGGGAAGGCGGCUGACAUCUGGUCACUGGGCUGCACUGUAAUUGAGAUGGCCACAGGUCGCCCACCCUUCCAUGAGCUAGGAAGCCCACAGGCUGCCAUGUUUCAGGUGGGCAUGUAUAAGGUGCAUCCGCCAAUGCCCAGUUCUCUGUCGGCGGAGGCCCAAGCCUUCCUCCUCCGGACUUUUGAGCCAGAUCCCCACCUCCGGGCCAAUGCCCAAGCCCUGCUGGAGGACCCCUUCUUGCAGCCUGGGAAGAGGAGCCGCAGCCCCAGCUCCCCCCGCCCUUCUCCACGGCCCUCAGAUGCCCCUUCAGCCAGUCCCACUCCCUCAGCUGCCUCCACCACCCAGUCCCAGACGUUCCCGUGCCCUCAUGCACCCUCUCAGCACCUGCCCAGCCGCCAGAAGCGCUGCCUCAGUUAUGGGGGCACCAGCCAGCUCCGCGUGCCCGAGGAUCCCGGGGCGGAGGAACCCGCGUUGUCCGAAGAGAGUUCGGCAUUGAGCCUGCUGCACCAAGAGAGCAAGCGCCGGGCCAUGCUGGCUGGGGUGCUGGAACAGGAGCUGCCGGCGCUGGCGGAGAAGCUGCGCCUGGCGCAGGAGCAGGGCCCUCUGGAACCCCAUCUGGGCUGGGAUCUUAUGAAACAGCUACUGCACUCCCUCAGGACGCACAUCCACACCCCCAACCGCCGGCAGCUGGCCCAGGAGCUGCGGGCGCUGCAAGAGCAGCUGCGGGCCCACGGCCUCGGACCUGCGCUUCUGCACGGACCGCUCUUCGCCUUCCCCGAUGCGGUGAAGCAGAUCCUCCGCAGGCGCCAGAUCCGUCCCCACUGGAUGUUCGUGCUGGAUUCGCUGCUGAGCCGUGCUGUGCGGGCAGCCCUGGCGGUGCUAGGCCCGGAGGUGGAGAAGGAGGCAGUCCCCCCGCCGUCAGAGGAGCCGAGUAAAGAAGAGGGAUCCCAGCAGAAGCAGCACGAGACCCCGGUCCAGGGGAGCUCGCUCCCGCUCCCGUCCGAGCCUGAGCGGGGUACCCGGCCUCUGAUGGUGCAGCUGGGCCUCUUACGAGCAGAGACUGUUAGGCUCCGGGCUGUCCUGGGCAAGAAGGAACAGGAGUGCCAGGCCUUGGUGCAACAGGUUCUGCAGCAGGUGCAUGGGGAUGCAAGGACCUGUGCCCUGGCCUCGGAGCCCCCAGCUGCUCUCCCAGCGGAUCAGGGCCUGGUGAAGUGGCUGCAGGAACUGAGUGUGGAUUCAGGCACCAUCCAGACUCUGCUGAACCACAGCUUCACCCUCCAUACCUUACUCACCUGUGCCACUCGAGACGACCUCAUCUACACCCACAUUAGAAGCACCAGGAUCCGCUGGGGAAAAGGGCAUCCAGCAGACCGUGGGUACCAGAGAGAGCCCAGGGCCCCCUUCUGGCUGAGCCGCAUUGAGCCUGCUACCCCUAUAGGGGAGGGAUGGUGUGCCACAUCUGGAGAGCCAUCUUGGCACAGCGAGCAGGAUCCACGCCAGGUCCUCCGGCCCCCGGGAGGCCGAGUGAAGGCACCAGAGGCUGGAGGCCAGACCCAAGGACAGAUGAACAGAGAAGAGGCCAGCAGCUUCUGACACACCCGCCCCAGGACCUAGGGGCAUUUGGAGGAGUCCAGGCAGGUGGGGGGCAGGCCAGGGUCCAGGCCCAGCCCCGAUGGGGGGAAACAACCACAGGGACACCCCAAGCACACUGAGCACUGCCAGGUAAAGGCUAUUAAACAGAAUGUUUUUGUACCCUUGUUUUGAGGACUUCAAGGUCUGGGGGGAGGUUGCCCCAAGCUCUCGUCACUUCCCUGGCUCUUUCCUGUUGUCACCCCCAUCCCUCUGCACCCCCAGCAGACAUCAGCCCCUUCUUGUCCUUAGAACAGAAUUUAUUGACUUCAACCAAGGGCAGGCCCUGAGAUGGGGGUCCAGAGAGAGAGGUUUGGUAGGGCUUGUGGGGCAGCUAUGUCCUAGGGGCCAGGUUGGUUCUGAGGGGCAGGAGGCCAUCCACCCACUCACAGGGCUGCUCCAGGAGUGCCUGCCACAGCCGCUUCUCCUCAGGCGUGGAAUCCAUCCAGGGUACCUGGAGCCCGUAGCUGCUUCCUGGAUGCCAGGGGUGGAGGGCAUGGGCAUAUUAGACACCCAGGUCCCAAGGAACACCUGCCUGGUUCCAGAUUAUGCACUGUGCCCAGUCACCCCUAGAUCCCAGUAGACAUCACAGCUCAGGACAGGGCAGAGACGUGCCCAGGGCCACACAAUGAGCCCCUGCCUCCUAGCACUGGCUUCCCCCGGGGCCUUGCCCCACUCACCAGUACCCAGGCUGAGGCGUGUGCCCCCGAGUUGGUGGCUGGCCAGGGCCCCGUGGUCCCAGAGGGAGAGCUCAGCGCAGGCCUGGCACAGGUCGGCGGGCCCGAAGCCAUCAUAAACCAUGGUGUGGUUGAACACGGGGUUGAAGCUGCGGCGUACCACCCUUGUCCGCUGGCGGCUGGACCGGCUGUCAUCUGGCAGCACCGAGCUGUGGGGGAGGAGCUGGCAUCAGGUGACCACUCCCUCACACUCCCCAUUGCCAACCUCAUCGCUCACAGAUGUCCAUGUCCUCUGGCUCCUGCCUGAGCCCAGCCUUGAACCCUCAAUGCCUCAGGAGCUUUGCAUCAGUCUCUUCCUGGAUAUCCUGCCUUUAGUCUCAGUUGUUCACAGGACCUGGAGCAAGGUUUCUGAAACGCAAAUCUGCUACUCCCUGACUCAGUGACCUUUGCUGGCUCCCUGUUGCUCCCCAGAAGUAAGUUUCCGAACAUCUUUAAAUCAUGGAACUCUUUCCAAAAAAUAAAAUAUUGCUCAGAAGUGCAAUACCUAAAACAAAA